AUGAAGACGAUCGUGAGUGUUGAAGUCGGUUCAGGGAACUCAAGUUGGGGUGGAGUGUUAUUGGGGGCGUUGGUGAAUCCGAACGGGACCACGUCUAGUGUCCAUGGGUGUCUUGCCCGAAUGGCCAAGGUUGGUUGCAAGGGUGGUCCUACGAUCGAUAUGUUGGUCUUAGCGCCGGAAGAGAAGUUUCUGAAGAACACGCGGUUUUGUCUUCUCGAUGACGCUAACCGUAUUAAGGUAUGCUCGCCGACCACGGAAGCGGGAACGGCGACCACGUUUGGUGAGUCUGCCGAGUCGCUGAUGGAGAGUGGGGAAGCGGGUCACGGCGGGACGCCGGAGAUGGGAAGCUUCACGGCGGUUCUUGCGGCUGUGAUUAAGGGGUACUUGGAGGAGAAAAAGGCGGGUCCGGAGCUGACUGACGAGAUUUGCCUCGAGAUUUUCGGGAAGAGGCUCGGAGACCUGUUCGUGGCGAAGAUGCCGGGUAAGAAGCGCAGCCCGGAAAUGCUUUCCAGUCGGCCGUUGACGUCGGAGGACGUGGACGAGUUGUGGGAGGCUGUACCGGAGGAGUGGCGGCCUGUGUUAGUCGAUUCGGUGCACCCACUCACGCGUGUGGACGUGGAGCAGGAGGCGACCGCAGAUGCCGCCGUGGUUUCUUCGUUGGCGCCGCAGCCUCACAAAUGCUGCACGUGGAAAGCGUGGACGGCUGGGGCAGUCGUGGGAGCGGCGACGGCGACGGCUUUGGGAAUCGGUCUUUGGCGUACUUGGGACAUGUGGCACCCGAAAGCAAACACAAGGGUCGAAUACGGUCACGUCGGCCUGCCUAUCAGGGGUGUCACCCCGGCCCAGUUGGAGACACUAAAGCUUGACAGUAACGCCUGUGGCCUAGUGGUAAAAGAUGAUCGACUCCAAAACGCGAAGUGGACGCGCGAACAAGGUUGGGCCACUCUCGAGCCAUGCAUCGGCGGAUUCGGCACGAUCACAUGUUCCGGUGAGGUGGCGGGUAAAUACACCGAUCCCGUCUGUUACGAGUUUGGCACGCCGCACCCCUUCGACUUUCUCCAGGUAUGGAGCACGGUCGAAAGGAGCGAUCCCGCCUUGUGUCGCGCCCUGUGCCUAGGCCCCCAGGAACAAGCCGCGAGGGAAGCGCGAAGUAUUGUCGCCCGGUUCGGCCCUCCUGCCACCGUGGGAAGUAUCCCCCCCUCCAAGACCAUCCCCGGCUCGGAUGUGGCGGAGCAGGCGAAAGAUCUACUCAAUCAACACCCCUCUGUCGCCGGCUGCCAUGGCACUUGCUCGGCUGGCUGCUACGACUCUGAGCUCCAGAACAUCCGUAGCUGCGACCCCUGCGCCUUCGCCACCCUGUCCUGCACCUUUAAGGAGUCCAACGUCGUGGCGGUCGCAGGGACCGAUAUCACUCUACCAGACCUGUUCCAAGGUAUCAGCAACCUCCAAUUGCCGAACUCCACCGUCCAAUCGUGCACCUACGACUGCCGCCAGUAG